CGAAAAAAGCAGGCCGUUACUUGCGUCUGAACCAUACGCAGCCGUGUGUCUCAACCGAGCUUAAUGUGUGUCCAGGUGCUGUGUGUGAGAGUGUGUUGGUGCAGGCGUCGGCUAAGCUUGCAGCGUACGGUACGGUGGUGGUGUAGAGUUUUGUUGUUGUUUGGCUCGCGUCGGAACGUGCUGUUUUCGCGGAUACUCUGCUGGAAAAACACAGUGCGGAGUGCGUCUGAAUCUUCAAUCAACUACGGCUUUGAUCAUACCUGUUGCAGCUACCGUAUCGUGCAAAGGUGUUACUGGUAGUAAGAGAGAGAGCGACGGAGCCGAUAAACAUAUUUGCAAACGCAAUGUCUCUGUGAGAUACAGAUAAGAACGAAUCACGACAACCGAAAGCAGGCGGCGUAGGUGCGAAAUAGAACAGACUCGCGGUUCAAAUCGGUCACACAAGGGUAACAUGCAGGAAGAAAGUUUUGCAGCGUUUGCAAGGAACGCAUCCGACCCGGCAGAAAAAAUAGGCCAAAAUGAGGCAAAACUGUUGGCCAUCGUAGUGCUCGGGUUUGGCAGCUUCCUGUGCGGCGUGCUGCCCAUCUAUAUCUCCCAGCGCAACCGAGAACGGUACCCGGGCGUCCUGUCGUUUCUGUUGUGCUUUGGGGCGGGCGUUUUGCUGGCCACGGCCAUCGUUCACAUGCUGCCCGAGAUACGGGAUUCGUUGGGCGAGUAUGCGGAGAUUGUGUUUUGUGGAGGGUUCUUCCUCAUGUACGCGAUCGACGAGCUGCUGCUGUUCUGCGGGAUCGGUGCACACGAUCACGGAGAGCAACCGAGUGCGUCGGCGCGGGAACGGCACCUCAGUGUCGGUGAGGAGUCGGAUGCUGCAAGCACGUCUAGCCGUCGGGAGCGACGGUAUGGCACGAACGAGGAAACGAAAUCUCUCCUUGGCCAGCAAGGCAAUGAUCCGGAAAACAUCAUCACUCACCGAUCGACGGAGAGUGUGGUUGGAUUCGCAGGAAAUCUAUCCCGCCGGUCAUCCGUAAGCGGUCCACAGCAACAGUGCUCGAAUGCGGCUGAAAUGCAGCUGACCGGUGUGUUUGGAUUGCUGCUAGCCCUCUGCAUGCACUCCCUGCUCGAAGGGCUAGCGAUCGGUGUUCAAAACUCGGGCCCCAAGGUGCUGCUGCUGCUGGGUGCGGUCAGUGCGCACAAGUUCGUGGUAGGAUUCGCGCUUGGCAUUGAACUGUGCACCUACAACGCGAGACAACGUUGCUCCCAUGUGCUGCAGGUGCUAACGUUUUCCCUCGGUUCGGUGGCCGGCAUCGGGAUCGGUAUGGGGCUGGACGGGCUGAACGAAACGCUUACCACGCUGAUCAUGCCCAUCCUGCAGGGAUUGGCCGGUGGUACGCUGCUGUACGUGACCGUAAGUGAAGUUUUACCACGCGAACGGUCCAAACGGCUGCUGCACACGAGGCGCCUGGGACCGAUGCAGUUCCUAGCCGUCGCGUUAGGAUUUUCGCUCAUGUCCGUGUUAAGUUUAGUGUUAAGCGACGAGUAGCAGCAGAAGCGCGAGAAACGCGUGCGAAAGAGUGUCCGAUGUGAUUUAUCAUUUACAUCGUAGUUCCUAGGUGCACCAAAUGGGGGAUUUUGUGCCAACGUGCUUUAAUAAUUUUAAAAUCGAACGAUCGAGGCGGAAGGAGGUUGGAGCAGAAGACGGACACGUGUACAAAUGGAAGCAACAUUAUACUGUAUAGCUCGAAUGUAGCGUAUGGAAGUAUGGAUAGUUUUUUUUUUAGAAAACUUUUGAUGAAAAAUAAAGAAAAACGUGCCAUUUUGCACUUUUACUGCCGAUAAAAAAAAAAUGCAAACGAACAGAGGAA